AUGGGUCGCUAUAAAUGGAAACGAAUGCCGUUUGGGAUAUCUCCAGCACCAGAAGUAUUCCAAAGAAGAUUCAAUCAAGCACUGGAAGGACUGAAUUAUAUCUAUGUUAUUGCUGACGACAUACUGGUUACGGGCGGAGGUUCCACUCUUGAAGAGGCGAGAACAAAUCACGACCAGAAUCUACUCGCUUUACUGAAGCGUUGUAGAGAUAAAGGUAUUAAGUUAAAUAAAGAGAAAUUUCGAUUGAGAGAACAGCAAGUGACAUAUAUGGGCCAUAUUCUUACAGAAAACGGGCUGAAACCUGAUCCAGAAAAAGUUAAUGCAAUUCUGCAAAUGCCUAAACCUGAAAAUGUUGAAAGUGUUCGGCGGCUUCUUGGCAUAGCUAACUAUUUAUCAAGAUAUCUGCCGAAGCUUGCUGAUACGUGUGAGCCAGUGAGAGAAUUGAGUCGUCCGAAUAAUGCAUGGGAGUCAGACAAACAAGAACGGGCGCUAAGAGAAAUCAAACAAGCUUUAAUUACAGCACCAGUUCUGAGAUAUUUCGACACGACAAAACCCACAUUAAUGGAGUGUGACGCAUCCAGUUUGGGAUUGGGGGCUGCAAAGAUACGAUCUCAAAAGAGCAGGAGCAGUAGAGUGGAGAAUGGCCUUGAAAUUCUGAAGACGCAGUCGACAUUUGAAAAGAAAUUAGAACAAAUUGCAGCUGUAGAUUGUUACUUCAUUACGACAAGCAAGUUACAAGAGAUUCAGCGAGAAACAGCAGUUGAUGAUACCUUGCAAGCGUUACAAAACGUUAUUCUUAACGGAUGGCCAGAGGAUAAGAAGAGCCUGAAACCUUGUGUCCACCUGUAUUUUCCCUUUAGAGACGAGCUUGUCGUUGAAGAUGGUGUGGUGUACGGAGGAAAUCGCUGUAUAAUACCUCUCUCUCUUAGACGAUUUACAUUAGGACGAAUACAUCAAGCACACAUCGAAAUUGGAGGAUGUGUCAGAAGAGCCAGAGAUUCAGUGUUUUGGUCGGGAAUUAAUGGAGCGAUUGCCGAUUAUGUCGGCAAAUGUGAAGUCUGCAGAACAUACGAAAGACGACAACCACAAGAAACACUUCUCUAUCACGAGAUACCGAAACUGCUAUGGGCUAAGGUAGGCAUAGACUUAAUGAGCUUCCAUGAGAGGAACUAUCUUAUUGUAGUAGAUUACUUUAGCAGAUUCAUAGAAGUGGAUCCGCUAAUUGACACUACGUCAAAGACGGUCAUAUCAAAAUUAAAGGCUCAGUUUGCCCGUCAUGGAAUUCCCCAGAGGGUGGUGACAGAUACCGACCCACAGUUCUUCGCUAGUGAAUUUCAACAAUUCGCUAAAAAGUGGGAAUUUGAUCAUAUAACAACAAGUCCGUAUCAUUCCCAAAGCAACGGCAAAGUGGAAAGUGCAGUGAAAAUAUGUAAGCAUCUGAUGGUGAAAGCCCUAGAGGCACGGGAAGACCCGUGGAUGGCUUUGUUGGAUCAACGAAAUACACCACCGCAAGGAACAACAAGUCCUAACGGGCUGUUGCCUAUGAAGCCCGAUCUACUUAAGUGGUCGAGGGGAUCUCCCAACAAUUAG